AGCUGCGGAGGAUUUCAAGGAAUGUCCUCGGAUUUCAGACGGCUUUGAUAGGCUAGUCUCGCUGCUCACAGGCUCCCGGGCUCCGCUGGUUGUCCACUCUGCGCUGCCCGCUUGCCAGGACAGAGCAGCUCGGUUUCUCGCUCCAGCGUGCGGUACCUCAGCAGACUGGACCUGCCUUUUUGUUUCUGGAGGAGCUGCUGACCUGGUGUGGACAUUUUAUUUUUACUUUUUUUUUUAGUGGUGGAAGCCCAUACUCCUGUAUCUUCCAGGUUUCGUUAGCAGCCAGGUCGUCGACAUGUCCAGGAUGUCGCGAUACAGACGACAGGUGAGCGAGGAUCCCGACAUCGACAACCUGCUGGCCAACCUGUCGCCUGAGGAGAUGGAAGAGCUGGAGAAAGAACUGGACGUGGCCGAACCCGACCCCAACGUGCCCGUCGGGCUCCGGCAGCGGAACCAGACGGACAAACAACCGUCGGGGACCUACAACCGAGAGGCUAUGCUGCACUACUGUGAGCGGGAGACGAAGAAGCUCAUCCAGAGGGAGCUCUCAGUGGAGGAGGGAGUCCCGUUGGACACGACCAAAGACCUCAAGGUGGGGGAGAAGGAGAAGCCACAAGAGGGGGAGCCCAAGAAAGAGAGCAGGAAGCAGGAGUACCUGCGGAGGAUGGGCCUCAGCCAGGAGAAACGCUGUUCCAGGUCCAACAGCAAGGAGAGUGUGGAGAAGGCUGGAAAGGAAGUGGGCAGCCCCUGCGAGGACACCCCACGCAAGAGAGGGGCCGCCGCCCGCAAGGAACAGGAGAACAGGAGGGAGGAGAAGAACUGCCAGGGCAUGGAGCGCAAGAAAGACCAUGGGCCCAGCACUCCAGGGAAAACCAAGAGAGAGGAACCCAAGACAGGAGCGUGCAGGAGAGAGGAGAGGGACAGCCAGACCAAGGAGGGCAAGAGAGAAGGCCCGGACUGUCCAGACAGGAUAGGCAAGUCAGACCAAGGGGAGAAACGUGGAGACACGCCGGACAGCAGGAAGCAGGACAAGAAGCCCAAGGGUGAGGAUAGGUGUAGCGUGAACGUCAAGACCGGAUCUCAGCCUGAACAGGUGUCCAGGGAGGGGAAGGCCUCUCAAGAGAAUGAGAAGAAGCCCAGGGAGCCACUCAAGAACGAAGAGCCGGAAUCCGGCACAGCGGGAGAGAGUCCUGGAAGCAACGCGACAGGGGAGGAGCAGGAGGACGACGCCACCCCCAGCAUAUUCGACGAGCCCCUGGAGAAGGUGCAGAACAAUGACCCCGAGCUGACCGAGCUCAACAUCAACAACUCGGACGUCAUCAACAACGACACCCUCAUCCGCUUCGCCGACGCGCUGGGGGACAACACCCACGUAAGGGUCUUCGCUCUGGCCAACACCCGCGCCGACGACCACGUGGCCUUCGCCAUCGCCAACACCCUGCGCUCCAACAGGACCCUGACCAGCAUCAACCUGGACUCCAACCACCUCACUGGCAAGGGCAUCAUGGCGCUGGUCCGUGCGCUCCAGAACAACACCACCCUCACCGAGCUGCGCUUCCACAACCAGCGGCACAUCUGCGGCGGCAAGACGGAGAUGGAGAUGGCCAAGAUCCUGAAGGAGAACACCACCCUGCUGAAACUGGGCUACCACUUCGAGCUGGCGGGGCCCCGCAUGACCAUGACCAACAUCCUGAGCCGAAACAUGGACAAGCAGAGGCAGCGGCGCCUCCAGGAACAGAAGCAGGCCCUGGGGGACGGGGACAAAAAGGGCUCCUUGGAGGUCCCCAAAGUCGGAGGGGGCCUUCUAAAGGGCUCCCCCAAGCCCUCCCCCAAGCCCUCCCCGCAGUCUUCCCCUUGGUCGUCCCCCAAAGUGUCACCCAGAAAAGCGGGGGCGGCCGGACCUCCUCCCCCUCCGCCUCCGCCGCCCCCCGCGCCCGCCCUGGACGGCGAGGCCCUCCGGAACUCCCUGACGCCCGUCUCGCAGAGGAAGCUGGACGACAGGGGCAGCACCCCACCCCGCGACAAGAACACCCGGGACCAGCUGCUGGAUUCCAUCCGCAACAGCAACAUCAAACAGCUCAAGAAGGUCGAGGUGCCGAAGCUGCUGAGAUAAAACUAACCUGGAGCAUGGAGGAGCGCUGGGGGAGGGGGUGGGGUGGGAGGGGGCUGGGGGUUGGGGGGCAGAUGGACAGCUCACAGGCCUCGUGGGAACUCCGAACUCUGAAGCCGCCCGAGUGAUCACCGGCAGUACUGACGGGGGGCAGGCGGACAGCGACGAUUGAUCCGGGCUGUACCUGCUGCGGCGCUGUCCCUGGGUCCUCCCUGUCUUGGCACACACUGGACAACAGAGGGCGCAGGUGGGGCAGUGGUGUGUAGGGCUCCUGAGAAAAACGCUCCAAGCUUGGCUGUGUCUGUGAGGCUAUGUUGAUUUGCACUGGAGUUGGAAGGUUAUAGUAUGUUGGAAGAGUGUGUGAGCAAUGCUGUUUGUAUGGCCUUUUAUUCAAGUGUAGAUUACCUGGCCACUCAUUGGGAUUUUAAUCGUGUGUAGAUUGCCUGGAGAUUCAGCAGGUUUGAUUUUUUUUUACCUCUAUCCCUGAUUUUUUAAGCAUGUUUUCACUGGCGUAUUUUUAGAUUCAGACAUAUUAGACAGUGAUGUUGCAGGCAAUAUGCCUUUCUUCUUGUUACCUGAUCCAGUUGGGCUUGUGGUGGACCAGUGCUGUCAAAAACACUGCAGCCGCCCCGCAGACUGUGCUGUCAUUCCUUGUAGAAGCAUGGAUUCACGUGAUCUGACGUGACCCAACAACCAUGGUUCAGUUCAGCCAGUCCAGUCUGUGAUCUUGACCUAACAGUAGAACAGUAACAUUCAGAUCUAAACUUAGAUCCAGCUUUCACCCAACUGGUAGCUCACAUACAUGGGCAGAAAAGAUGGCCGCAAAUGAACAGAAGCAGAAAUCCUAUCAGAUUUUAGAUACCAGACUCAUGUAGGAUUUCUUCAUUUUUUCCUAUGAAUGGAAAUCCACAAGAUCUUUCCUGUGGGAUUCCGGGAGGAGACUGGCAGGAUGUUUGGAAGAUUCUGUCAGGAGUUUGGCCCCAGAUCUUUCACAAAGUUCUGGCAUGGGUGAUCUGCUGUUGUCUGACACUGUUAUCCCCACUAAGUGACAGUAUAGGUCUUUUAGGUCUAAUAUUACUAAGUGACAGGGAGGUGUUAGAGUAUACAACAUCUAAAAGGACACUUAUUUUUAGUUGUGCAAGAAAUUUAGGAUGCCCACCUCUUAAUAGCUACCUAGGAAGGUAGAUCUUUCCAAAUAGGAUGCAGUGAGUCAAUCACUCCUUUUGAAUGAUUUAAUUUAUUUUGAAUAAUUUCUUUCAUGAAGAAAACAUGAAAACAGCCUGCUAUAGGAAUAGGAUGGGGUUCUUUACAUCAAGGGUUGCAGCUGAGUGCAACAGCAAAACUAAAAUCGCUUCUAUGCUCCAAUAAAAAGCUGGAAGAGGUUCUUGAACCGAACAGCAAAUGACAGAAUACAGAACGGCCCUCACUGAUGCACGUUCUGAACCAGCUCCCUAGAAACAAGGGUUGCAGUUUCUGUAUUCAAAGUGUUUUCUAUAAGUCUUUUUGAAUUUACAGAUUGAAUGAUUGAGUCUAUUGAAGCUGCGGGUGACAGGUAUGUUUCACACUGGGAAUAAUGUGACAGAAACAACCUUUUGCUUGUCUAUUUCUGGCAGCUACUUUCUUGUAAAUCUGGUGAGGGGAUGAGGGAUGAAUAAUCACUGUGGGAUGAAUGGCAUCAGCUCUGUUUGUCUGGGACUGCAAUGCACAAUGACUGAGCUCUUACAUUUCUAUAUACAGCGCCCCUGGUGCACACAGUGGUUGAGUAACAUGAUAUAAAUGACCCCUUUGUGUGCAACUAUUCAACAGGAUGACUGUGUCCACAUAUGGCAUUAGAUAAUCUAACCAAUGUGCUGCAGGUGAUCCCUCUCUGCAGUCUGUAAUAACUGUCAAACACAAUUGUGUCCUUAACAUUUAACUCUGUUCUUUAUAAUCAUAACCUCUGGUGGGUUUGAAUGCAGUUUGUCUUUUCAGAUAUUUAAAGCUUGAAGGUUAUGAAAAGGCUACGAUAAUUGCAUAAAAUAUCACAGUACCUCUAUUUUUGCAGAAUUUCCUGUGCCUUUUGCAGGUUCUGAAAUGCUUGUCCCGUGUGAAUCUCUGUUGUACCCCAAGGGUCCGCUGGCCUGAUGGUCUCAGUCCCUCAUUCUACUUUCAUUCUUUUAAUUCAUUUAGCUACGCCGUAAUUGACCUAAUUAAGCGGUUUGAAAUAUGUAAUAAUAUUGUAUCGCUUUCAGGUUCACGUGGGUAUGUGCCGCUGUCGCCUCAGGUCCACCGCCGGUGACUUCACCGCGCUGGCAAGCCCACUCGUAUGUGUUACAGUAAUAUGCUGUUAAACCUGAGAGUUCAAGUUAACUUUAACAUGAAUAGGUCAAUUUAAGUACGGGCUAAGUACUAUCAUAUUAUUUAUUCAAUUAAGGGGUCGAUUACGUUAGCGGGAGCUCAGAUGGAUUGAAUUAAUUUACCUUUUUUAUUAUAUACCGUCCCAAUUUGGCCAGGCAAAAUUGUUUAAAGACUUGUCUUUUCGACUUUCGUCUUUUCCUAUGGCUGUGCUUGUAGGCUCCUCGAUCACGCUCACCUGUCAGCUUGCCCAAUCAUCUUUGACAAGCAGCAAUUAACUGGCAUUAGAGCCGGCACCUAUCGCGUGAGCUGCACUUCCCUCACGUGACGUCACUGCACGCCUACCCCUCCUGGCUUGGCCUUGGACUGUCAAGGGUGCAGGGUUGCCAUGUUUGCGACUGCUAGUUUUCCUAGUCUUUAUUGCAAAUCCUCUCCACUGUUAAGGGCUAUACUAAAAAGCCUCUUUGUUGACCUCUCCUUUGAGAACAGUAUGGAGAGCUUCCAGUACAACACAACAAAACCGUGAAGAGACGCACUUUCUGGGCCAUGUCAUUGAAAUCCCUGUCUAAUGAGUCGGAGUCGGAGCCAGCCGAGCUUUUACACAGCUUUAAGAUCGUAGGUCCAGACAAGUAGUUCACUCACCUUUUCCCUUUCUCGAGAUUAUUUCCGAACUUUUCUGCGAAAUAUUACAAAUGAUAGUUCUAACAAACAUAUGACGACAAGCUGGUUGCUGGGUGAGAAUGAAUAUGUUUUCCGUUAGGCUUUUUUUCAACUAAGGUUCAGAACCUGCAAUUAAAAAAAAUCACAUUCUGUUUAAUAUUCUAAAGUUAAAUGCAUGAAUAACAUGUCUUUGCAGAAUCAUGUAGCUUUGUUUUUUGUGUUUAAAAAUGAUAAACAGCGGCAUUUUUAAUUUAAAACGCUUGUGAUAAAACCGAAAUAAAGGGACGAAAAUUAACAUCAAAUUGUAACCAGUCAAGUGGAUAUUCGAAAGGAUUCUGUGCUUUCAGCACGAGAAAAAGCCACUUAAUAAUUAACUGGCCUAUUUUGCGUUGCUCAGAAUUAGGAAGGAAACCAUUAAGUUAGAUAUUACAUUGUUCGCAUAUAUGUAAGCAGAUACUGUACAUGUACGUUAUUGUAUGUUUUCUAAAGGAAAACAUUCAACCAUAGCAUACGUUUUAUACAUGCCUAUACGUCUUGAAUAUUUAAAUUAUUAUACUACUUUCCGUAACAAUUCAUUCUCCAUCUUCAAAAUUCUGACGACUUUUCCCUCGAUAGUGACGUAAGAUGACGUGUCUUGGGUCACCGAUCAAGUUCCAACAGCUAAAAAAACAAGUUCCAACAGCUAAUGUCGCUCUAUUUACGUAGAAGACCAUACGAUUGAACAGAAGGACAUUAUGUCAUGCCUUAGCUAAAUGGAAGCCUGGGGAUAAAGUUCUCAAACGCACCCAAGGCGUUUUUUAUAAGAGGAAAAAAAGAGUCGUCCAUACCUUUACAAAGGAGAAGAUAAUUCUUGAAAUGAUAAAUUAGGCGAUGUGUAGUUCAAUGAAAGAGUUUUACAGGUCUUAAGUUCUCGUAUGUAUCGAAGAGUUUUUGAGAAGAAUGAUGUUCACACAGCUUUGUAAAUAUUUAUUUUUCUACAGCUUCCAGAUGUUCAACUGUUAAACGCAUCAUAUGGAUUUAAAGUGAAAAAUAAAACUGUAGUUACGUUCAGAUACGUUACUAAUACGUUUUAUCGUGAUAUACACCCAAUUACGGUAACUUUCUAAAACGUUGCUCAUGUUAUAAUGUGUCUCCUGUGUAUCGUAAAUAUGUAUGUUUGAAAGCGUAUGGCCCAUAAACUCUUUUACGACGUUAUAUUGGAAAUGCUAAUUUUAAUAUGAGCUGACUAGAUUAACGGUAAGUGUCUGUACUUAAGAGUGUGUAAAAACACUAUACCUGUAUGUUGAUGUAAAGGGAAAACUGACAGUACUACAAUAUUAAUAAUACCAAUGUUUACUAUCAUGUAAAUAUACUGCACUUGACAUCUAAAGAAAUUGUCUUACAGUAUUUCAGGUUACAGUGCCUUAAGUGCAAGGAAUAGUACAGAAGGCAAUUGUAUGCACCUUUUGAGAGCAAUGUGUUUUAAAAUUGUACGUAAACAGUACAACUUUUGAUCACAAUAAAACUGAGAGUUAUAACUUA